GUGGAUUACAUAUAAGAGACAUUCCUCGAAAAUACACACUCAUUCCUCAUUUAAGGUCAGUGGUUUAAACAUGGUGAGAGUCAAUAGAGAGCCAUCUGAGAUCACCAGGGAUUAUGUAAAUCUACCUGACAUCCCGGCUAGGAGUCGUUCUAGUAAAGGAGGUGAAGUGACUACUGCUGCAGGUAUAAAACUGUUCAGGCUGGUUGCUGUUAGUUUUGGACUCCUGUGUAUCCUACAAGCUGCUCUCAACAUUACCCUACGCCUUAAUUUCUACAGUGCUGACAGUAAGACAUCAGACAUCAAGAACGUUUGUAAAAAUGGGACAGAGGAGACAGACGAACUGAGAAGACUGACCGAUGACCACUUUCAACAAGGGUGGGUGUAUUUCCGUCCAAGUUUCUAUUACAUUUCUUCCACCAAGAAAUCCUGGAAAGAGAGUAGAAAUGAUUGUCUACAAAGAGGUGCAGACCUGGUGAUCAUCGACACCAAAGAAGAACAGGACUUUACAAGACAGUUCAAUAAGCUCACGUGGAUUGGGCUGAUUCGGGACAAAAGGAACAGGAUUUGGAAAUGGGUGGAUGGAACUCCCCUGACCAAAAGCUACUGGGGUUUUGGGGAGCCAAAUGGUUUCGAAGGCAAAAAUGAAGACUGUGUAGAAAUAAGGUUCCAUGAAUCUGUAAACAGCUGGAAUGACAUACCGUGUGAAGAUCAAAACUUCUGGAUUUGUGAGAAACAUAUAUGUUGUUAAGUCAGCAUGCAAAAUGUUAUAAAGAUGAAAAACACUGUCUUCAGUCCAAACCAUUAAAAAAAAUCACUUUUCACAUAUUCUGGAAGGCUGUUUCACAAAGCUGUGAUCCUGUGAUACAGUUCUAUUGUGGCAAUCUGUGUGAAACGGAGUGUUGAAACAGCUCUUGUAUCACUGAAAGAGUGAAGUGCUGACUGAAAGGUAACGUCUUCUGCCAUUUACCCCUUUUACUAAAAUAUGCUGGAUUCAUGUGCAUUUAAACAAAUUUAAAUUUUGGGGGGAGAAUAAAAAAUAAAUAAAUAAAAAAUACAUGAAAAAUGUCUAAGCAGAUUUUGUGACCCCUCUGCAGUACGCCCCCACAGACCCGUGCUGAAGAACUAUGCUGUAUGAUAUGUGUGGAAUUUGUAAAUUCUGCAAGUCCAAGCAUGUAAUGAAUUAUUUACAGUAAAUGCAUUAAUUUGAACUCUUCUUCUGUGUGUCUUAGACUGAAUAGUUGUAUGAGGACAUUUUCAAGUCUUUAUUCGUAUAUUUACAUUUAGCUAAGUGUUGUAAAAGAAGCCAGUGACAUUUCUUCGCAUUACUCUCUCUGUUUUCAUUAUUAUCUUUCUUCCAGUGGAACACAAUGACUAAUGAAAUUAUUUUACCUUACUUUCUUACUCUUCACAUGUAAUGAUAAAACUAACAUAUCAGAUGAACAAUAUAAAAGUUUGUCAUAAAUGGCAAAUCGAGAUUGGUAUUUUUGGAUGAACUUAACUGGGCUACUUAAGCCCAGCUACUUCUCCCGAAUUCAUGAAAAUAAUAAUAAACACGGUUUCAAAGAGUGAUCAUUGACACUGAUUGCACAUAUACCAGUUAUAUCAAUCUCUGCUGUAUUAAAGAAUAAAUAAAUAAAUAAAUUAUGUAUAUGUUUCGAUGA